AUGGAUCCGAACCGAUUGCGCUCGCCUUUGGCAGCGCCACAGUCAAUGCCCUCUACUGCAGCUGCCUCUUCUUCCACCUCGUCUUCUGCAUCUGUGUCCGCGUCCAAAGCCAGCAGCAGCUUCAACAACAUUCUCCGCACCAUCCGAGGCGGUGGGCGAUCGGCUUCUUCAGCAGGCUCGAUCACCUCUGGCAACGGUAUCCUGCCCAGCACACCCCUGGCACCCAUCACCACUGCACUUUCAGGCUCUCGGAGUCCCUUUGAACCUGCCAUUUCUGCUUCACUUGAGCCCAUAUCUCCCUGCGAUCUCACCGUCAUCGAGCCCCCCCAAGGCGGCGCUUACGAUGCACUCUUCGAACACCUACGAAGCCCUCUUCCAGCAACCUCAAAGGAGCGAGACGAGGCAGUUCGACAGCGUAUACCCAAGAUCCGGGCUCUAGCAGCUGCAGUCGAACGUCAGAGCGGUCCAAAGCCAAUCUUUGCCGAUGAUGUGCCCCUCGCCGACGUCUUUCGUCUGUGUACUCUAUUGCUUACCGCCGAGCAACCUCAAAAGCUUCGCAUCGAAAUCUGCAACCUUCUCACCCUGUCCGUCAAGCUCGCCGACAAGCGCGCAGCAAACGCCUCUCCCGCCCUUACAGAGCUGCGCAAUGGAGCACCCGGUUCUCUCUCGUCCAAGAUUCCAGACAGCGACCAGCCUCUUGCAUCCAUCGAUCGCGCAUUGUUCUACCGCCUCGUGCUCAGCGUCUCUGCUAGCGAGAUCGACGACGAAGAGACAGACGACAAUGUACACGUCGUUCUUGCAGGACUAUCCGCUCAGCUUGGGGCACUCCAGGUUCUUACCAAAGACGGUCGAGAGGUUGUCGGCUUCCCCGGCCUCAUCCUGACGCUCACCCGCUGGCUCGAUCUGGCCUGGACAGAGACGCAGCGCAUUCGUGCACAGCUUCACCCCUUUGUUGACCAGACCGGCAGAGUCGGGCGUGAUGCAGCCAAGCACAACCUAGAUGAGAUGGCCAUCUCUCAAACUCGGGCAAUAUCCCAACUCUCGACCGUCGAGAGAGACGUCCAGGCGUGUCUCCAUCUCCUCACGAGUAUUCUCAAAUACAGCUUCGCAAGAAUCCCGCUCUCACACGCCGAGAUGGUAAUUCGAAGUGCCGCAGAGCUUGUCAUUGGCGAGUCGACCGCCAAUGCGCUCACCCUUCCCAGCUCGGUCAUUGGUUCACCACAGCUCAAGAGCACACCCUUGCUCGGACCACAGCGUAGCUUGGCCAUACCAACACCGUCAUCCCGUCGCUCCCGCUCUCGUGAUCCGAGGCCAUUGAUGGAUGGAUACUCGUACUAUGGCUUGGAAACCAUUAGCUCGACGCCAGGCAGCAACGAGACUUCCCCGUCUGCCACCCCGUGCUCCUCCAACAAACCCGUUUCCAUCGAUGCAGUCACAUCUCAGCUGCACGCCUCUGCAAAGCCCUCUUCCGCGAAGUCGACCCAUGCCGCUCCGAUGACGCUGGCAACGCUCGUGCCAAGCCGCGAUGCGGCCGUAACGACAGUCUCAACCCGAGCAGGCGCAGACUCUUCGGCUUCAAACUACUGGGUCGGGCCUGAACUUCACCUGGACGAGGUUCGCAGCUGCCUCAAGCUGCUCGAUGCAACACUCCGGUAUGGCCAUCUCCCUCCCGCCUGCAUCGACGUGGUUGUCAAGAUGCUCUGUCGACUUCUUGGUUACUUGCAAAUUGAUCCUCGUUCUCCUGGCUUCGUCAUGGCCAAGACAGACAACGACGAGGCCGACUGGCGCCAGGAGGUGCUGCCCGUCCUUUCAAACGUUCUGCGAAGUCACUGCGCGAAUGCAGCUAUUCGAUCGGCGCGCAUGAUCCUCAUGGGAUCCUCUGACUCUGACAGGUCUGUGCGUCUCGAGGACCCCGCCGUCUUGGUCGGCGCUGUCGGCUUCUUCCAUCUCGCUUUGACUCACGUAGCAGAACAGGAGCAGCCAAAACAUCAAGGUGCGACAUCUGCCGCUUCGGGCAAGGUGCAAAAAGAAGAUGCUCUCGCACCAACCCUUUCGCUCGCACUUGUUAUGCCAGCCUUGCGAGCUGCCCUGAAGCGGCAGUGCGAUGUGCUCGAUCUCGAGGUCCUGAAUCUCAUCUCAGAUCUGCUUCCUUCCGCUCCCGUCGCUACAGAGUCUCAGCCAGCUGCGGCCAAGCGCCCUGUCCCGGAAAAGCAAGCCAUUUUGGACCGUCUGCCAUCAGUGCACUCACAAACCGACAAAAUUCAUGCUGAAAAGCCCUUUGCUCGUUCCGACUGGGAUGCGCUUCUCGAUCUCACCAUCGAGGCAAAGAGGCAUUUAGAAGGUCUUAAGCUCACAAACAUCUCCUUCAGCUCCACCUCGGCAGGCACCGGUACUACCUCUGGGCCAGCCUCAUCGGCAAACUCGAACCAUGUCACUCAUACACCGCCGGUGCUUGCCAUGUUCAAGGUGCUGGACAAGCUGAGCAUCUCUCACCCACCAAAAGUCUCUGCUGAGUCGAAGGACCUGGAUCAAAAGCGUGCAACCGAUGCCGACCAAGUAGCAUCGGCAUCCUCACCUCCUUGGACACCCAAACUGGCCUCGUUCCUGCUUACGCUGUCGCCCAUUCUACCCGAUGCAACCGUCUCCAAGCUAGUGCAGUACUACUGGACCCAACAUCUCUGCCUGCCAAGCAAUCCCGACUGGCUGUCCAACAUCCGAGCUCUGCUUCAAGCCUUCUUUUACCGUGAUGACUCUCAGGCUGGCACAUCCGAUCAGAGGGCUCGAUACGAUCUGGUCUCGCUCCUGUUUGACCAUGUUUACAAUGCCGUGCAGGAUCUGACGGCGGAGCGCGAUCUGUUCAUGACUGAUGUCGUCUUGCCUCUGGCCAACUCGACGCUCUCCUCCGAAACAGACCCUCGAACAGAGUCGCUCUUGCGCUCAGUGCUCGUCCACGCGGCUGUACUCAGUGGUUCUCAUAUUCCCGGCCCCAUCGAUCCGGGCGCCGAGGCCGUGCAGAGCUCCGAUCACAACCAGGCAGACACUGACUUCGAAGAAGUCUUCAUUGAAGUUCGAAAGUUGCUGUGCAGGCUUGCGCGCUCUGCUCCUGCGAACAAAGCGGUUGCAUUCGAUACAGCUAUCAACGAGACCAAGGACGAUCAAGCACAUUCGACUUCACAUACUUCACGUUGCAGUUCUCUCACUGAAACGAAAGCACGCAAUGCUGCUUUGGACUUGAUCGCCAUCUUCAAUCGUAUGGCAUUCAGCACACCUUGGAUUGCCAACUCGGUCGAUCGAGACAUUGACCUGUCCAUUCGCCAGCGGUGGGAGAGAAAGACUCGCGCUGGAUGCAUCGCCAUCUUCCGUGACCUUCUCGACCUCCUCAAGGUCAGGAGCACAAGUUCUUCGACGUCUGGCGGUUCUGCUUGCACCUCGACUCGCCUCGCGAUUCUCGAAUGGAUGCUACGUUUGCGCACAGAUCGUCAGCAUCGCGUCUAUAUUACGGGCGACAUGGACGAUCUGAUUCGUGCGAGCGCGAUGAUCCUCAUGAAAGGGCCAGCUGAGGCAGUAGACGGUGUCGAUCUGGUACGACAGCCAAGCGCAGCCUCGCACGCUAUGGACGGGCGCUCUCGAGCAGUCUCGAAGGCCCCACCUGUUGCCAUUCGGAAUGAGCGAGAGGGCCGCGAAGCGCAUCGCAAUCUUGAUGCGACUGCCAGGUCCAAGUCGCGUCUUCGCGAGCUGUCCAGAGAGAGGGGCCGAUCCGAGCGUAGCACCGACUCGAACAAGCGCCAACCAGGCGAACGAGACCGCAGCACCAGCCAGAGCAGGGCGCCACGACCUGCAGCCUAUGAACAUCUGUGGCGCUUGCCUCAGACUGUAUCGUUUGAGAUGCCCAACAUCUCCCUGCGUAGCGACAUCAUCUACACUUACAUCCAUGCGCGCAACGACAUGGAAUGCUGUGCCGGUAAUACGCACCUUCACAGCGACAAGGACAAUAAGCCUGCGCCUAUUCCUGUGUCUGAGUUUCUCGCCGUCGCCAUUGACAUCCUUCGUUCCGAACAGGACUGGGAGGUGGUAUCGUACCUGCUCUGUCUUCUUCCGCACCAGCUGAGCAACAAGCACCUCUUCUGCGGGCCAAAAGCCCAGCUACAGGUCUUGCACCUACGCAAGGAAAUUUGUCAAGGUAUUCUCGACGAUGCCCUUUUGCCCAAGGUCAUCCUGCCGGAUGAUCUGAAAAAGACCGAUGUCACUGCCGUCGUCUACGAGACGCUCGUCACGCUCAUCAGUUAUCGAACAUUGUUUUCACGAGCAGAGCAGGACGAAAUGGUGGAUGCCUUUAUCCGCGGCCUGAAAAAGUCGCACACCACGGCGCGGUCCUGCAUCAAGGCUUUGUCCAUCGCCUGCUACGAGAUGCAAAAGAGCUUUACGCGCUUCUUCUCGCACAUGCUCCUGACACUCACUGCUGUGCGCUCCCACAUGACCAUGAGCGUUCACAUCCUUGAGCUGAUCGCCACGGGGGCUCAGCAUCCAGCCUGCUAUGCCAAUUUCACCGAGACCGACUACAAACGUGUCUUUAGCAUUGUGCUCCAGUACAUCGAAUACCACCAGAGUCCCGAGGCAGCGACACGUGACGAUUACCGCGCAAGUCCGGCAACCUUCUCGCUUUCGCAGUACGUGAUGCUCAUGGCGUUCUACAAUAUCUCUCUCUGGUUUGUCAUUCUCAAGAUUGGUGAUCGACCCAAGUAUCUUCCUUACAUAUCGCGCGGCCUGCUCAAGGCCAACGAAGCCAUGGAGUCGCUGUCAGACCAGACACAAGUGUGCUUCGACUUCCUCGCCAGAUUCACACAUUCCAAUGCUGAUUCCAAGCCGAGGAAAUCGUUUGUCAACCAGCUCAUCAUGGGUUCAAACUCAGCAGGUCCAAGCAGGGGCAAGGACGCCGCACGUCACUCCAAGACGUGGCUCAUGGGCAAUGGUCUUCUCACCGUAUCGACGGCAAAGAAAGCCGGCUGGGUCGAGAUUGUGAUCCGUCGCCCAUCUGGCACCGCUACAAUGCUCUGCAAGCUCGAGAAUGUUCCGGUGGGCAUUCUUCCUGACGAGAACGGGGAAAAGGAUCAGCUACCCGCCAUGCUGAUGAUGAACCGCGAUCCGGAGGUGAUGGCUUCGCCUACACUCGAGGCGCCAAAAGAUGACCUGAUAGAGCUAGCAGAGAGCGAGGAAGCGAAAGGCGCCGACGACAAGAAAGAGGGUAGCAGUAUUCGUCGUCGUGUUGAGGAACGACUCGAGAUCAGCGAACGUCUGCGUGCUCGUCGACCACUUGGCCCAGCUCACUUUGGCUUGGCUCCUCGACCGCGGUCCUCGUCGUUCUCUAUCGAAAGCUUUGGGUCGUCGCAACCACCUCGUGGUGCUCUGAGUGAUGAGCUGGCCAGCAGCUCCCUUGCGAUGCGUCAGGUCAUGCGCGACAUUCUUGGAACGACGGACAAGUGGUCAACGAACAACGAAUCAAAUUCGGCUGGUAGCGUCGCAAGCACAGCAGUCAAGGCUAAGUCGACUGCAAAGGAGCCCGAGGUGGAUCCAAGUUUCUUUGCUUUGCAGCUUUCGACGUAUCCAGACAUGCUGCACGACACUGCACCGAUUUUACUCCCCGACGAGCCAGCUACUGAGCGACUGAUCAAAGCGGUCGACUUUACACCUGUGGUCGACUUUCACAAGAUUGGCGUCUUGUAUGUUGGACCGGGACAAGAGGAGGAAGUGGACAUUCUAAGCAACCGUCACGGCUCACGAGCGUAUACGCGCUUCUUGCAAGGACUUGGAUACCUGGUCACACUGAAAGACCAAGAGGACGUUUACACGGGUGGACUGGAUCGCAACAAUGACGAGCAUGGCAAGCACGCGUACGUUUGGACGGACGAAAUCUGUCAGAUUGUCUAUCACACAGCGACGUUGAUGCCCAACGACGAGCGCGAUCCGAUUCGACGGUCCAAGAAGGCGCUCAUCGGGAACGACUUUGUGCAUAUCGUGUUCAACGAAUCCGGACGCGACUACAAGUUUGGCACAAUCGCGGGGCAGUUCAACUACGUCAAUGUGUGCAUCUCGCCCAUGACGCGCGGCGGGGUGAAUUUAGGCUCGGCGAAUCCGGAUGAUGCAGUAUUCUACCAAGUAACUCUGCAGCGUCGGUCGGGUAUGCCUGAAUUUUCGCCCGUUGGAGAUGGCCAGCUACUGUCGGCGGAAGCUUUGCCGACGUUUGUACGCAUCCUGGCGCUGCACAGCAAUGUGGCAAGUCAGAUAUACCUCGACACAGGAGAGGCUAUGCAGCCCUACUCGAGCAACUGGGUUUCGCGCUUGGCCCAUAUCCGACGUGCACGACAUCACCAUCUCGCAAAGUUGUCAAAUGCAGACCCCCAACAUCCAGCAGCAGUCAAACAUCAACUCGCCAUGUCUGCUAACUCACCCAUGGCGGAUCUCUACGAUUUCACAAAAUCCUUCUGA